AUGUUAUUUUUGCACGAGCUGUUGAAUGCAUACACAAAUUCAUACACCACAUCGGAGACACCAUUCUCUGCAUUUUGUUUGACUGUGCGACAUUCCUAUCAAGAUGCUGGAGAUGAAAAUAGCUUUUGUUUGGAUGACACCUUUGUUCGAGUCUGGUUUGCCUUCACUCAACGACAGUGUCUUGACAGUGGUAUGCAAUGCCCUACAUGCGGCUCAUCUCCUGACAUUGUAAUUGCGGACGGAGUCAGUCUGGGAACUCAUGUAUCCAAAUUAACGAAGUCCAUCUCACCACCAACCUCUGUUGAUGAAAGGACUAUCCCUCAGAAGGACAUUUGUACCACAGUGAACAAAAUUUCAGAUGCUACAGUCACACAUAUUCCUAAUAUCCUGCCAGACAUGUCAAAGAUCGAUGCGCAAUACCCAGAAUUGUCAUCUUUCAUCUGUCUCUAUUGUUCAAAUGGCACAAACAGCCCAUAUUAUCGGACGUAUCGAGAUCUCAUUCAACAAAUUGCUGCACCUGAUAUUGUAUUGCAGCUAAUACCAGUGGCUGCAAUUGAGCCAUUGCAACAACUGAGAGAACAAGGGAACCCACCAAACUGGUUACAGAGUAUAUGUCCAGCAUUCGGAGCUGUCAUCAAUGCACAUGUGAAUGGGCAAUGUCCCAUCCCAAAUGACAUCCGAAAUAUUGCAGGUUGGCUUGCAGCUCGUGCGGAUGAUGUUUACACUCGUUUAGCACAACAUGAACCUAGUCCCAUGCUUCAGCCCACAUCUGAGCCAUGGGAGAAAAUAGGCAUAUGCUAUGGCUUACCAGAGAUACGGAAAUGA